UAAGAAUUUUCAGUAUGAUGAUGAACCGAACAUGGAUUCUGUAUUCACACACUGGAUACAAGCUUCAUGACAGAUAGAAAAGAAACAUUAUGGCUUGUCAGAAGCUUGGAGAUAACAUAAAAAAAAAAUGGACCAUCCAAAAAACAACCCUUAGAAAACACAUAGAAGACACAAUGUCGGUGAAAGAUAAGGAAGCUGUUGACAAACUCUUCAAGGGUCUGGACGAAAAUGGAGAUUCUGAAGUAGACUUCAAUGAAUUUGUCAUCUUUGUGGCAGCCAUGACUUGCUGUUGUCAUAAAUAUUUUGAGCAGAAAGGACCUAAAUGAUGUAAAACAGCUCAUAAGAAGCUGGUCCUUUGAUGAAUUCCAUAUGCUAAUGUUUUUGCUCGCUUUAUUUGCUCCAUGUACUGAAAUACUGUUUAAUCAUACUCUGUUUACUUCCCUGUCUUGCAUGUUAAGUUUCUCCUCCUUCAAAUAAAAUGCUAGUUUUGCAUUCUC